AUGUCUGUGUUCUGUGGACACAAGACACCUAGGGCAAUCGCAAGCGUAACUGGAGCAGCUGAAACGGUUGAUUGCUUACCGGCGAUGAACGAAGCAAGGACAGCUGCGGGACUCGCUGCAUUUGAGAAGGCAACUGAUGAAUUACAAUCGCUGCCACAAAGCUCUCCACCGGGAAGAAACAUAACAGCUGAAACGUUGUGGAACGAAAUCUGCGAAGAAAUGGCGGGGACCCAGAGCGACAGAACUGAGGCAGAAAAGCUCAAGGGAACUUUCGCGUACUACGAGGGCGAGAAUGACUGCAAAGCGGCAGUACAGUACUGGAAAGACGGCUUUUCUCUCUUCAAUAACGAGAUCCCCCCAAAAUACCAGGCUCCGAACAACCCGAAGGUGUAUGACAACAGGGCCGCCUCCUUUGUUGCCCUGUAUAACCCCAAGGAGAACCCUGUGGCCAGCUGCGCCUUUGUCACCUGCACAACAGCAGAAUCAGUUGCUGCUCCAUCCAUGUCCAAAAGACACAGCGGCCGGGCAUCAAGAAGACUUCAAGAGAAGCCUACUACUGCCGUUGUCUGCCUAACGAACCCGGCGGCACUGACUGCUAAUGCAGCACCAUUCAAGCACAGACUUGCCUGCAUAGAACCCAAAACGCAUGGUCAACCUAGCAUAAGUGUGGCCUUCAGUAUAUGGCACAUGCUACGAUGCAGCUAG